GCCAGAACUGUGUACUCUGCCCUGCAAACUGGAAGUGGGAAGGUGGCGAUACGUGUUACUACCACGCCGAGGAAAAGCAGUCGUGGGAACAGAGUCACUGGUUUUGUUCCUCACAAAACUCUACUCUUCUUCUGAUAAAAGAGUCAGCAAAGCUGGAACUGGUAAAAAAAUUUCCUAGAAAAGUAUACUGGCUUGGAUUAACAUUUAGAGCUGAAAAGAGAGACUGGUAUUGGUCAGACAACACAGCUUUUACAGAAGAACAAAACUCUCGGGUAAAGCAUAUAAACUCCCUCCGACACUGUGGAUAUUUUUAUUAUAAUGUCAUAUAUAGCCUACCAUGUACAGAAGAGAAUUACUAUAUCUGUGAAAAGCCCGCCAUCCAAUUACAGCGAGGUAACAACCAUUGGCAGGAGGACUGGUUUGUCAGACCAAAAUGA